GUUACACACACGCAAGUGAUUGUGUGGAUUUUGUAGUAUACCCAGUCCUACAUACACGUUACACUAUGUACAACCAAUAUGCACAGCAGGGCCAGCAGCCGUACGGCGGUCAAUCAGACUCUCAGCAGCAGCAGCAGUAUGGUAUGAACCAACAGCCUCAACAGCCCCAACCGCCACAGCAACAGCAGCAGUCUGGGCAGUACGGCAUGCCCGCACAGGGUAACCCACAACAACAGGGAUAUCCUCAACAGGGCGGUGCACAACAGGGUUAUUCUCAGCAGGCAUAUGGUCAACAGGGAUAUAGUCAGCAGGGUAUGGCACCUCAGGGUAUGCCUGUCCAAGGCACCGCACCGCAGGGUAUGGCACCUUCCCCAGGUAUGCCUCAGCAGCAACAGGGUAUGUACGCACAGCCUCAGGCGGGCAUGGGUAUGGGUAUGUCGCCACAGGCAGCACCACAGAACACGGAUAGCACUUACAGGAAGGUGUUCGUGGGGGGAUUGCCGUACCACACAAGCAAGGAGACCCUCAAGGAGUUCUUCACCAAGCACGGGGAAAUUGAGGAGGCGGUGGUCAUCCACGACCGCGCCACCGGAAAGUCCAAGGGCUUUGGAUUCGUGACCUUCGUUACCACCGAUGGUGCCCAGUCAGCCUGUGACGAGUCGAAUCCCAUCAUUGACGGUCGCAAAGCCAACUGCAACCUUGCCUUCCAGGGUGCCAAGCAGCCACAGAACCACUAUAACAACAGGGGGUCGCAGGGGGGCUACGGCAUGGGCGCUGGUCCUGCAGCCGCACAAGGUUACGGCCAACAACAAGCAUACGGACAGAUGGGUGCGUACGAUCCGGCACAGUAUCAGCAGCAGAUGUAUGCACAGCAACAAGCGUAUCAGCAGUACUACGGGCAAAUGCCACAAGGUUACGGGCAACAACAGUACGGCAUGUACGGCAACACACAGCAGCAAAUGGGUCAAGGGCCGCCUGGCGCCCAAGGGCAGGGAUCCGCAGGAGUCAACCAGCCAACAGGGUAAGAGUGUUGUGUUGAGUGUGUGGAUGUGUGAGCGCGACGUGAGGUGCGAGUAGCUCUCGCUGGAUUUCAUCGCAAAUUGAUGGGUGUCGGGAGGGGAUGUGAGUGUGCCAGAUUGAACGGAUUGCGCACGGCACAGAAGUACCGUAUGGCCGGAGGAACAGUAUUAGAUUAUGUAUAGAAUAUUAAUUAAACAUCGAUGUAGCCGGGUACAUAUUGGAUUCAGAUUGCAAACAAAAAAAACAGGUCUGAAUUUUCC